UACAAUGUUAAUGUGAGAAAUGACAUGAACAAUUGGAUAUAAUCCAUGAAAAAGAAAUGACAUGAAAAACGAUCUGUUGUUUGUUAUUAUUUUUGGAAGGCCUUAAUCUUUGUUGUCAACUCAAGCUAUCAGCUUUUGAUUUAAUGCACCCGGUGUCAGCACAGUAAUCCAUUGUCUGUCUGACUUGCGUUAUCUUUCUGUGGUAGGCUAUUAUAGUGUUUCUCCACAUUCACACCGUCUGCUUCGACCCCCUUUAUAAAACAAAAGGCACACAUUAAAAUCCCUCCAUUCAAGGACAUGGUACUCUGAAGCUAUUUUGGCAGCCUGUUUCCUUCAGGAAUGCAGAAGUUGUGUAUAAAACUCGUUUCCAUUGUUGAACCUCUCCCAAACAAGGACUUGACACGGUUGUGACUAAAAGGAAAUGGGUGUGAAGAUGUGCUUUUGGCCGUUAUUGCUUCUGCCGCUGACGGUGGUCACAGGGCCACUGGGUAAUGCAGAGACAGAGCUUAACCCAAGCGAGGACUUCAUGCCAGUCCAGUCACAGUCAGGACAAAACAGAACUGAAAGGGAAACGCAUGUGCGCUCUGGAGGUCCUGCCAAUUGCAUGCUUUCUCCCUUAAAGCAACUUUUGGAGGACAUGCCAUGUGUUGUGGAGAAACAGCAUCACCCUGAUGCACUACGUGAGGUCCUCCUUGCUUUGCAAAAUGGCUGGAGUAAGGACAGUGAGCUGGUGAAGCAGGAAUUAGCUCAGUUUGGAUUUUGUUCACAUUACGAUGGUGUGCAGUAUUCACAGUUUUUAUCACGAAUAAUGCACAUGGUGCAGGAAGGGAAUAAUGGCCCAGAAUCUUUGCGCAGCAAAAAAGAACAUUGGGAUGUUGAAGAGGACGGGACUUUCACAGUGACCCUACACUUUGCAGAACCUGGGAAGUGUUAUCAACAAACCACACUGGCUUCCAUGAUGCUCCUGUUUUUUAUUGACUCCUGCAACACAGAUGAGUUGAAGAUAAAAUUCAGCAGUCAUGUCCUUCAUCCAAACAACCAGACAGUGUGUGUUUCUCAGGCAACACAUUUCCUGGUUCUUACAGGAGUUCAGACCGAGAGCUUGAGUCUUGAGCAUAUAAAACUGAGGAUGGAAGUUCAGCAUGACAGUGGGAAGAAAAUAGGUUUGUCUGAAUUUCAGGCCAUCAUGGAUCGGAGGAACACCAGGUCCAAUAAUACACAGAGUCCGGUGAUUCUUUUGUUUCCCAAAAGAUCUGACAGUGAAAAUGUACCUCAUUCAAAUGGAACAUUUCUCUUCUUGUGUGAACUACAGAAGUUCUUAAAUGAAGUCUCCCCUGAAGGAAAUCCACUACUUGUACAAGAUGAGGUCAGGACAGUCAGCCCCAGUGUUCUUCACUCUCUGCCUCCUUUAACUCUUGGAGUGUCUUCAAGCGAGUCCCUUCUUCUUGAGCUUGUCAAUUCCUCAGGCCCAACUGUGUUCUACUUCCCCCGCCAGAGCUUGGGACUGAGGACCCACCGAGUGGAGCUGGCCCUAAAGCCAUCACUGCUCUCUGUGCUGAAAUUAAAACUAGAUGAGGCUUUAGCCCAAGUGCGGAUGGAAGAAGUUGGACGUGGUGCAAUAGAUAAGCUGCAGAUUCUCCGUGUUCUCAGUGCACUUCCUGAAGAUGGAGAAGAGCUGGAAACAGGUUUGGAGAACCAACGUGAGGUCCAGUACAGAGCCCUCUUACUGCUGAAGGCCUUACAGUCUGUGCUGAGUCUUUGGGCAGUAGAAAGAGCGCAGAGGGCAGCCCGAGCUGGCCAGGAAGGACCCAGGCUUAGUCAGUGUCACCUUGAGAGUUUCACUGUGUCUCUGGAGAAGUACCUUUUGGAACCUGCCACGGCCAACAUUAACAACUGUGAAGGAGCGUGUGGUUUCCCCCUGAUCAACGGUAACAACCAUGCCAUCCUACUGAACAGCCACUUCCAGAGUGGACAGCCUCUAAAUCGUACACUCUGCUGCGUGCCCGUGGCAUAUGAUGACCUGUGUGUGAUUGAGCUGUACAGUGACUCCACCACCAUUUCUUACAAAACCAAUAUGGUAGCUAAGGAGUGUGGAUGUCGCUGAUAAUAUCAGUAAUGAUAUAAACACAUAUGUAUAUUAUAUAUAUGAUAAAGAUGCCUCACACAUUACCUUAUAUUUCAUUUAUUUUUGCAAGUGUGCACAUUUUUCUCAAAAAUACAAAGUGCAGACCUGUAAGCUACUGCUAUACUCUUAGACAGGCAGAGCAUAUCCAAUCUGUCAGUCAGGAGAAAGUGUCAGAAGCACAGCUGUGCAGUGACAUUUACCUCUUCUGAAGGUAAAACAUCAUGUGUGGAUUUGCCCAGUUGUGUUUCCUGCACACACUGAUACGGUCUAAAGUCCAGAGUUUCUGCUUUCUGAGGUGAAUGAUGAUAUAAAGUACUAGUAUUAUUUACAAGAGUGAUAUUGUUGAAGAAUUUUUCAAAUUCAGGAAUUAGAUGUACUCAUUAGACAUCGCAUAAGACUUUUAGCUAAACCAUUUUAGUGUGUAUAAUAAGUCAACAAACCAAAAUAAUGAUGCAAUAAUUAUCAAAGGCUACAACUAGACAUUUAUAAAUGUCGAAGUGAUUUGUGUUCAAAUUUAGUAACAUCAGUGCUUGUGCAUGCUUUUGAAUCAACUACAUAUGAUAAAUAGCACCAAGAUAACGUAUCUAAAUGUCUCAUUUGUUAUGUAUUUAUAGGUUUUGUAUAUCUGGAGAUAUCAGCAAUAAACAAAAAUAUAUCACAUUGUCCUUA